AUGAUAAUGGCGAACGACGAUGAAAAAGGCCGGGUGGCGGUGAGUACAGCGACGCCUGGAUACAUGAAGAGCAACGAAGCUGGGGAACGUCUUCUGUCUCAGAAGCUGAGCGAUGAACGACAGGCCGCCCAGAUCUUCAAUCCUUCCCCUCGCCAAGCCACGGUUAGUAUAGAAAACUUCCCAAUGAUCCUGAAAAUUUCUCUAGCUAUUCAAAAAUGGUUUCUUUAUGUUUGCAUCCUUUCCAAGGUAAUUUUAUUAUCAUUUCUACAUAUUUUCAAGCCUUUCAACUACUAGCAAGAAAAAAAAAUAGAUAGAAGGUCCGGUAAAGUCCUCAAAGCGACCUUUUCGUGACUUUUUUGGCGCUUUGCAGCGUAUGAACUCAAUGGGUAGAAAUAAAAACGCAAAAAUAAUCAAAAAGAAGUUUCCCACUUGUAAACAUUCCCGCAAGCUGUACUGAAUACGGGAUAAACAACGAAAAAAGAGCAUUGCGAAAGGCGGCCGCAUGAUGCAAACAAAUCCACACGCAGUAGAGUUCUCCAGUUCUUUUUCUCCCUCGAAUUGCGGGAGAAAUGUUCGUCUUCCCACUUGUUUUUGUUAUUUUGCAUCUCUAUCGAAUUUCGAGUACCUCAGUUUCAAGGUCAGGUGCAGAGUAUUGCAUAUUCGCCUCAUACUUUUCUAUUAAUUGACUUUUAUUUCAUUUCUCUUAUUGUUUUUUUUGUGUUUUCAAAUUUUGUCUUCAAGUUGCAAAAAUUAUAUUGUUAUUCUGAGUCCUUUAGAGUAUCUAGUAACUUGGCUUCAAGGUCUUAGGAAACGAAAACUACAUUAUUAAUUACUUAAUUUUUAUUUUGUUUCCUUGGUAAGUUUUGGCGAUAAAUUUUUUGCCUCUGGAGCCUUAAAGCCAUUUUUCCAUUUACUUACCUCAGAAACCCCUUGAAUUCCAGAAUUUUUCGCCUUUUGUACUCUUAAUCUUUGAAAAUUUAGAUUCCUGUUAAAAUUUAGCAAUGUUCUUCUGCCUACUGUGCCGCCUGAAUUUUCGGCUUUUCGCUCCUUUUCGAAUGAUCUAGCUGAUUUUUUAGGUGAUGGCAAACUAACGUUCUAAAAAACACCUGUCCGGGUGUCUUCAAAAAAUGAUUGAUAAUCGAAAUCGGGCUUAAAUUUGGAAUAUUGCUCUUGAAUCGAUCUCUUGCCGCAUUCUUUUCCGUUCACCCCUUGAUAAACAUGUACCUUGUCACUUAUUAAGCCGAAAACAACACAUUGAAAGCGUCUUAACGGCUUGAAGCUGUCAGUGUUUCUUUUGCUCCAUUAUCGAAGUUGUGAAAAGAGGGAAAAAUUUGUGACUUUCUUUUUUUGCCGAACAAAUAGGAAAAUGGCCUUUUUCUCGUUGUCGUAAUGGAACCACGUGGGCUUCCGCUCAACAGUAAAACCGUUUUUUGUUUCCACGUUUUGAAUAGGAUGCGGGAGGAAAAAAAUGGGAGGAGGUUUAAACAAACGGCGUGUGGGGCGUGCCAACCAAAAUUGACUGAUCACACUCUUUUCUCUCUUCAAAAAAAGAAAAAAAAAGAUGCGACAGCCGGCCUCCCGUCGCACGUUGUUUCUCCUUCCAUACUUUGUUAUCUAUCGCCUUGUUUUUGGUCUUUCCCCUGUUAUGGUCUCAAGAAAACGAGCUCUUUCGUUGAAACCUCACAAGGGAGGUUAUUCCAGUUCGAAGUUUUGGAUUGUAUGGAAAUUUGUGGAAACACUCCGUGAAGCUCUAGAUGAAGUUUUUCGGAUAGUUGCUGUUUGCUAAAGUGUUUAAUUUUAGAUAUAAUUUUUUGUAUGAAUUUUCUGAGUAUUGAUUGCAGGGUCAUAUCCUAUACAAAGGGCAAAAAUUAGAAAAUGAGGAUCUCUGAAAAUACGAAUUUCCUUAGUCAGCGACUGUGAUAGAAUUUAACCUAGACCUUCAGAAACUUAUUGGGUUUCACAAAAUUUUGAGAUUCGUUUCAAAAUUACCUCCCUUGUUAGGUCCUUUUACUCGGAACUUGAAUUUUUUUAAUAUGGCUUAAGUUAGCUCCACAAUUGUCGCUCUUCUGUAUAUUUUCACAUAUUCCGCGAAACAACAAGAUUCAUAAAUUCUUUUAAAUUUGAGCGAUGGCGAAAACCGAGUACGAGGUGAAUGUGCCACUGCAAAGGCGUCCACCCAACGAGGUAUCUUUCCCCUGAAAAUAUCUUCCUAAACCUAGAAAACAAGAAAAAUGAAGAGAGAAAAUGCGUGAAAGAUCGUUUGAUCAUUUUAUCGUUCGAGUGGCGUUAUGAGUGGGGAGUCAAGCUCGAAAUCAACAAAUAAAUCUCUCACCGAGACGACUAUCGGCUCUGUUGGGGCCGACGAGUUGAGCUUGUUGGAGUUCGAGGUAUUGGAUUUGGCUGGGCCUUAAUUCGGAGGAACAGGGGGAUUUCGUGGUCUUCGUUCAAACUUUCUAUGAAAGAACCAGCUUGUUGGAUAUUUUAGUGAACUCACAACGUAUUUUUCUAUGCUUUAAGUCAGCAGUUUUUUAUUUCGCUAUAAAAAUUCGAAGAGGCUUCAUUCUAUCAGUAAAAAGAGCAAUAAUUCUACUAUUUCUUUGAAGUUCGAAAUAUUCAAGCUGAAUUAAGGAUUUUAGGGUCGUCUUACGGGUCCAUUGGCCUUCGCCGUUUUUGCCGUCACCCUCGCGUCUUUCCAGUUUGGCUACCAUAUCGGAUGCGUCAACGCUCCUGGAGGGGUUUUUUGGGACCUCGAAUCUGAAAAAAACAAUUUAAUUUCUUUACAGCUUGUCACGGAAUGGAUCGUCGAGUCGCACCAAGGGCUCUUCAAUUCGACUUUGACCAAGGAGGAUGCCGAUUUUGCCUGGUACGGUUCUUAGGAAUCAAAAAUAGCACUUCUUUAAAUUUGUUACUGUAUAAAUUUUUGUCUUCUCAGCCUUUUAUUUCUUGUCAUAUUAGCUCGAAAAAUGCAUUAAAAAUAUAUAAGAUUUUAUCAUAGAGCGUGAUUUCUUUUAGUAAGAUUGUAUUAAAAACGGGGAAAGUUUUUUUUUCGCAGUGUCUGGUCUCUUAGCCUUCAAUUUUUCCUUGAAAUGCUCCGAAUCUUAUCAAAAACGUCGUUCACAAGGUUAUAAUCAAGGAAAGGAACAAAAGGUUUUUGACAGGUCCGUGGCCGUGUCGGUUUUCGCCGUCGGUGGCAUGGCUGGGGGUCUGCUUUCUGGUUGGCUCGCUGAUAAGGUGAUUUUUGAAGAGUUCCAUGAUUGGGAAAUGAAACUGGAAGUCAAAAUCUUGAAGAAACGCAUAAAAAGAGUAGUAAAAAUCCUUCUUCAAAUAACCCAAUUUUUAAUAUUUUUUAAGACGUGUUUUAUAGAAAAACCCGAGAAUUCUCGAAAAUUGGCUGAAAAAGCCUUGAAUUCUUUUUUUUUACGAAUCCUUAAGAAAUUCCCCAGACCGCAAAGUGAAAUUACAUUCUUGUUAGAAGCCUUGAAACCCUCUUAUUUUCAUCACAAACUCGUUGAACCUUUAAAAUUUUACUGGUCAAUCUACAUUUACACGAGAUCCUCUUAUCAAAUGAUGUAUAUAUUUAUACUGUAUUCUCCUAAAUUACAGAUCCAAGUGAACUCGUUAGGGUUCACGCUGAUCUGUCAAUAAGUUAUUAUUAUGUCAAACUCAGGUCGGACGCCGUGGAGCGCUUCUGUACAAUAACUUGAUCGCCCUCGGAGCCGCCGCCCUGAUGGCUCUGGCCAAAUCCGUCGGCGUGUACCCGAUGAUUGUCCUCGGCCGUCUUCUCAUCGGUUUCAACUGCGGUAAAUCGAAGAAAAGUCGGAAAACGGAUCGAAAAUCGAGGUUUUCAGGCCUCUCGUCUGGACUCGUGCCCAUGUACCUGACGGAAGUGUCGCCGAUCAAUCUUCGCGGAAUGCUCGGCUCCCUCCAUCAGCUCCUCGUCACCAUUGCUAUCCUCGUCUCGCAGGUCGGAAAGUUGAACUCUUUUGGGGGAGUAAAAUCAGUGACGCAAGCCAAUCGAAGAAGGUCUUGACACGAUUGAAAUUAUCGUAUGAUUGUGGCAAAUGCAGAAAUUUUACUAUUUUUUCGUGUCUUAAGCCAAUCGUGAAUGGACUAUAACGUCUCUAGUUGAGGAAAUGCUAAAAAAAUGUUUUUCUGGAUAUUUUGACCUCCAAAUUGGUCACGCUAGUUCUGAAAAUUCUCUUCUCGGAGCUUCACUCAGUACAUUAUGCCUUGUUCAAAGUAAUUUCGGCGAUUUCGAAUUCGACGUGUUAUCCGUUCCAAAAAAUAUCGGAAUUUAGGCAAAAUUAGACUCUUUGAUUCCGAACAGCGACGAAUAAAAAUCUACUAUUUUAAAUCAGGGUGCUCUUAAUUAAGUUUGAGACAGGCUUCAAUGGAUAUCAAGAAUUUUUUUGUUUUGAAAAGACCUUUUUCAAAGCGGUUUUUUUUCUUUCCAAACCUUCCCUUCUAAUUGUGAAUUGUAUGAAGAAGAAGAAGAACAUCUUUAGGUCCUCGGACUUCCUUCCCUCCUGGGAACUAAUGAACGCUGGCCCCUGAUUUUCGCCUUCACGAUCGUGCCGGCCAUUCUUCAGCUGAUCACCCUGCCAAUGUGCCCCGAAUCUCCCAAAUACACGCUGGCCGUUCGUGGACAACACGAUCGGGCUGAAGCCGACUUGAAGAAGCUCCGUGGAACCGGAGAUGUGAGUUUGGAGUAGAACUUCUCCUCGAAGAACGAUCUUCCUUAUAUCGCUUCAAAAGUGAUUGGAAAAUAAGCUGAACAAUUUUAUGAACGGACAAAAGCAUUCAACUAGAAAAGACAAACAAGAAAAAACGUUUUGAAACUCUUGAUUUCAAGGUGUCGGGAGAGAUGGCGGCCAUGCAGGACGAAGUCGCCUCGGCUCGUGCUCAACAGAAGCCGACGAUGGGAUCCAUGUUCACGGGAGCUCUCCGUUGGCCCAUGACCAUCGCCAUCAUGAUGAUGCUCAGCCAGCAGCUUUCUGGUCAGUUCUGUGGAAAAAAAGAGUAUUAGAAGGAUCAGGAAUUUAAAAGUGUCAACUUCGGCUUGUUGAUCUGAAUAUACCCCAAUUUCGAAUUUUCAACUUGGUUCUCAUGGCUUAUAAUGCCUUGUUCAAAUUGAUUGCAAAUAUCAGAGAAGCCGUCAGCGAGUGAAAAGGCCUCAACGCUUUAAGUUAGGAACUUUAGGAUUAAAAAAACGAGAAGUUAAAAGCUCAAAAUUUGCCUUAAUUUCUAGCUAUAGCGAGAGUCGUUUUGAGGUCAGACUCAUCUUCUCAGUAACUGCAAAGUGUAUAGGCAUUCCUAUGCGGCCUGAAGGCUUUUUUCCAGAUUCUUUUUAACGAAUUUAUAUCGGAAUAGGUUCGUCUAUGUUAUACAAAUUUUCAAGAGUUAGAGAUGAUUUUGAAGUUUCCGGAAAUAACUAGAUCACAUCAUAAUAUAUAAAAUUUCUACCGGCUCUAGGAUUUGAUAUUGCCUUUCCCUAUCCCUUUUGAUGGUUUUUCUUCUUGCUUGCUUGUCAAACUUACAAGAAAAUCAGCUUUGCAGCCUCGAGACUCUUUUUUUGCUCAAAUUUGUUUCAUGUUAUAAAGUCCUACACUCAAGGUAUCAACGUGGCCAUGUUCUACUCGACGGUCAUUUUCCGUGGCGCCGGCCUGACGGUCAGCCAAGCCGUCUACGCCACCAUCGGAAUGGGCGCCGUCAACGUUCUGAUGACGAUUGUCAGUGUCUGGCUCGUCGACCAUCCCAAAUUCGGACGUCGGUCCCUUCUCUUGAUGGGAAUGGGUGGCAUGUGCGUCUCCACCGUCCUCAUCGUCAUCGCCCUCGGUCUCAGCGGAGAUUAUCAGGUAUCAGUGUCUUGGCCUGAAUCAGUGCAAUUUUGUACUGGUAUCUGUGAGCAAAUCUGAAAAAAAUAAUAGUAUUUUAGUCUUCUGAAUCUCUCGAAAUGGCUUUAGAUUUUGUUGAAAAUAUAUUUAAGGUCUCUGAACCAUUUUCCAAAGCUCUUGUCAGUAUUAGUGAUGAAUGAGAUGACCUAAUAAAACACUGGAUACUAUCGGGAUAAUAUUUCGUUGUCAAAUUGCUUUCUGGGAAAUCCGAUUCAAAAAUGGAAUUUUUAGACAAAAGUUAGCAGUUUUUCUUCACACAAUGAAGAUCUUUGAUUCUUUCGAAAAUCCUUUUUUUUUCAAAGUACAGCUUCCAUUAAAAAUAUUUGUUUUUUAAAAAACCUUCCUCAGUUCUUUGAAAUGCGGCACCUUCAAAAAGAAACCUUUUUAAAGGUCUGAUGGAUCCAUUUCGAAGGUCCACGUGCUUUUUUAUCAGAUAAAUCCUUUCAGAAGAUUUUUAAAGAUGAAUCACAAAGAAUCGGUGCCGCUUCCUUUGAAAAAAAGUUUAAGAAUCAAAAAUCGACUUUAUUGAGAAGGAUAAAAAAUAAGAAAGAGAGAUUUGAGUAAUCAUGGGAAUUCACUGGGAAUGCGCAUUUUACAUGCCGUUAAAGUUAUUACCUUUUUUAUUUAUCCUAAGGCGAUAUUUUCAGUUUUUCAGCUUUAAAAAGGAACGAGAGUUUAGUUUCAAAGGCCUUACGGAUUAAUCUGUUACUUUUUUGUACACUGUGUUCUGAUCUUGUGUGAACUAUGAUUCUUAACGAAGUCCUAGAAAUUUCAGAAUUAAAAGUUUUGUUAAUUUUACUUUAUCUUUUUAUGAACUCGACCAUUUUCAGUGGGCCAGCUAUGCCGCUAUCGCGUUCGUCCUGCUGUUUGUGAUCUCCUUCGCCACCGGCCCCGGAACCAUCCCCUGGUUCUUUGUCUCGGAGAUCUUCGACUCGUCGGCCCGCGGAAACGCGAACUCGAUCGCCGUUAUGGUCAACUGGAUGGCCAACUUGUUCGUCGGCCUCACUUUCUUGCCAAUCAAUGUGAGUUGAUCGCAAAAAUGAGCAGAAAUAAAUUUGUCUAGCAAGAGAGGCUGGCUUACGAAUUUUCACCAAAAUUUUUAAUGAAAAUGAUGUCUAAGAUCAGGGAGGAAGUGUUGGCAACAAUGAAUAGAAGUUCCAACCUUAGGGAGGUAGUGGCGACCUUAUUUAAAAAAAAGGGGGAAAAAGAAUUGUUUAAAAAUGGUCCAUUUAUUUUUGACUGACAUACAAGAGUUUUUUCUUUCAUUUGAAAGAUCAUUUUAGAGUCCUCCUGAGUUUGAGAGAAGGGAGAAUUUUUCCACAUCUUGAAAAACUUUGAAAGACUUUUUUUCUUCUUUUUAAGUUAAGUCUUUUUAAGGGAAUUUUUAUUUUCUACUCUAUCAGAAUUUUUUUUAGGGAUUUAGUUCGAACCAAUUGGAAAAUCAUACUCUGUGAAUUUUUCAAGAACUUCAUGUUUCAGAACCUGCUGCACCAGUACUCCUUCCUGAUCUUCACCUUCUUCCUCGCCUUCUUCAUGGUCUUCACCUGGCGAUGUGUCCCCGAAACGAAAGGCAAGACGAUCGAGGAGAUCCAGGCCGAAUUCGAGAAACGUCGUUGA